UGAAAAUCCUUGGGAAAGUGUACUAGAAUAGUAAAAGCACAUAGUUUAUUUAAUUAAUUAAUUGAGACAGGAUCUCACCCUGUAGUUCAGGGUGGCCUUGAACUCACUAUGUGUAGCCCUGGAUGGCUUCACACUUGAAACAGUCUUCCUGCCUCAGCCUCCUGAGUGCUGGAGUGCAGGGAUUGAGGCUACCACACCCAGCUAUCACAAAUUUAAAUUUUAAAAGGCACAGAAUUUUAAGAACUCAAACAAAUGGCAGGAAGAAGUGUCUUGCCUCCCACUUCUACCUGUUUCCUCCCUCGGUGGCCACCUUCUUCCAGCUGUCCGUCCUGGUGCUCUCUCUCCAUGUCUACUACUGAGAUUCUCCUCUCCUUGCCUUUAGUCCUGUAGCUUGCCUAAUGGCUUCUACCUGGACUCCCGGUCUUGUGCUUGACCAUCCCUCUUCCUCCUCUGCUUUUCCCUCCUGGUCUUCCAGGCCCGCUGUCCACUCCUUCGCCAACAGCAGAUGGCAUCGUGGUGAGAGACAUGCAGGGCUUGGGGUAGCCAGGGCAUUGCCUUCAUGUUCAGGUUAGACUCCCGAACAUCCCACCAUUUCCCUUCUCUGCUUGCUUUUCUUUUUCUUUCUUUCUUUGUUUUUUUUUUUCCUUCUUGUCACAAAUUUGCCCUUAAGUCUGAUUAUUUAAUCAGAAAUCUCGCUUUGUAGCUUCCACUUUGCUCUUUAUCAUCCCUCCACACACAUAAUUUUGCAUAUUUUCUGAUACCUUUCUCCUGUCCUUUGCUUUAUUUGGUCACCUCUUUCCUCCACGGCUUCUUUCCUAUGGUUCUGCCCACCCAUUCGCGUGUAAGAACCACGGUACAGGGACUGCAGAGCAAAUCACAGAGGACAACAGCAAUUUCUCAAGUACCUGCUAUGUGUCGCUGCCGCACCAGGCACUCAAAGCACAGUGGUGAGCGAAGACAGGCAAACCCGCAUCCUCAGGAGACUUAUCCAUCGUGGAGGAAGAGGACAAUCAGUGAUAAACAGGGUAGAAUGUCAAGAGAAAGAAAGAGGGAAGCGAAUGUGUGAAUCUGUCCUCAUCCACCCACCUGGCUGUCCCUUUGUCUGAAACGGUCACUGAAUGAAGUGACUCAGAGCUGCCGCGGUGGAGGAUGGCUGCGACAUGGGAGUGCAUUCAGUGAAGGAGUGCACUGGGGGCUGACCCACGAGCCUGCAAAACCAGGUUCUUGGUGGCAAGUGAUAAUCCAGCCCCUGAGCUGCAGGGAUGCAGAGACCAGUCAGGAGCGUGGCUGUGGAGCCUUGGGGCCGUCUCGGCUGGGGAACUGGGAAAGUUACAGGACCUGUGAAACCUUUUUCUUACUACGCAGUUCUCAAGGAACCAGGAUAUUAUUCAGCUGAUGCAAUCCUGCCCUGGAGUGUCAUAGCAUCACGGGACCAUUGAGGUUUUAGCUGUGACGGUGGAAGCCAUUUUGUUUACGUUUGCCACCCAGCCAGCUGAUUUUGGACUGAAACCUCUAUGAACUGCAAGCUAAGAAGGUUCUGCUGCCUUGGUUUUAGAGCGUCCCCUGUCCAGCGAACAGCCCCUUGCUGUGCAGUAGUCCCGAGAAGAUGCCGGUGCAGCUGGCGACAGCCCUGCGUGUAGUAGGCACCAGCCUGUUUGCCCUGGCAGUGUUGGGCGGCAUCCUGGCAGCCUACGUGACAGGCUACCAGUUCAUCCAUACAGAAAAGCACUACCUGUCCUUCGGCCUGUAUGGCGCCAUCCUUGGCCUGCACCUGCUCAUCCAGAGCCUGUUCGCCUUCCUGGAGCAUCGGCGCAUGCGCAGAGCAGGGCGGCCGCUGAAGCUGCCUCGCUCCAGGCGGCGAGCUGUGGCGCUCUGCAUCGCUGCCUACCAGGAAGACCCUGACUACUUGCGCAAGUGCCUGCGUUCAGCCCAGCGCAUUGCCUUUCCUGACCUCAAGGUGGUCAUGGUGGUGGAUGGCAAUCGCCAGGAGGACGCCUACAUGCUGGACAUCUUCCAUGAGGUGCUGGGUGGCACUGAUCAAGCCGGCUUCUUUGUGUGGCGCAGCAACUUCCACGAGGCGGGUGAGGGUGAGACGGAGACCAGCCUGCAGGAGGGCAUGGAGCGUGUGCGGGCGGUGGUGCGGACCAGUACCUUCUCGUGUGUCAUGCAGAAGUGGGGAGGCAAGCGCGAGGUCAUGUACACAGCUUUCAAGGCCCUUGGCGACUCGGUGGACUACAUCCAGGUGUGCGACUCUGACACUGUGCUGGACCCAGCCUGCACCAUCGAGAUGCUUCGAGUCCUGGAGGAGGAUCCCCAAGUAGGGGGAGUCGGGGGAGAUGUUCAAAUCCUCAACAAAUAUGACUCAUGGAUCUCCUUCCUGAGCAGUGUGCGGUACUGGAUGGCCUUCAACGUGGAGCGGGCCUGCCAGUCCUACUUCGGCUGUGUGCAGUGUAUUAGUGGGCCCUUGGGCAUGUACCGCAAUAGCCUCCUCCAGCAAUUCCUGGAGGACUGGUACCAUCAGAAGUUCCUAGGCAGCAAGUGCAGCUUUGGGGAUGACCGGCACCUUACCAACCGAGUCCUGAGCCUUGGCUACCAGACUAAGUAUACAGCGCGCUCCAAGUGCCUCACAGAGACCCCCACUAAGUACCUCCGGUGGCUCAACCAGCAGACUCGCUGGAGCAAGUCUUACUUCCGGGAGUGGCUCUACAACUCUCUGUGGUUCCAUAAGCACCAUCUCUGGAUGACCUAUGAAUCAGUGGUCACAGGUUUCUUCCCAUUCUUCCUCAUUGCUACAGUCAUUCAGCUUUUCUACCGGGGCCGCAUCUGGAACAUUCUGCUCUUCCUGCUGACGGUGCAGCUGGUGGGCAUUAUCAAGGCUACCUACGCCUGUUUCCUCCGAGGCAAUGCAGAGAUGAUCUUCAUGUCGCUCUAUUCCCUUCUCUAUAUGUCCAGCCUCCUGCCAGCCAAGAUCUUUGCCAUUGCUACCAUCAACAAGUCUGGCUGGGGCACGUCAGGCCGAAAAACCAUUGUGGUUAACUUCAUUGGCCUCAUCCCUGUGUCCAUCUGGGUGGCAGUUCUUCUUGGGGGCCUGGCUUACACAGCUUAUUGCCAGGACCUGUUCAGCGAGACUGAGCUAGCCUUCCUUGUCUCUGGGGCCAUCCUCUAUGGCUGCUAUUGGGUCGCCCUCCUCAUGCUGUAUUUGGCUAUCAUUGCUCGGCGAUGUGGGAAGAAGCCAGAGCAGUAUAGCUUGGCUUUUGCUGAGGUGUGAUGCAGCCCCUAAGAAGAGUGGGAAAAGUGCAAUGGGUAAGGGAGGGGAGGGGGAGUGAAAGAGAAAAGACUGGGUUGGGGGGAGGAGGGAGUGCUGUGUUUUAGUUUAAUGGUCCAAAGGGACAAAUCUGAAAGGAAGAGAAUGGUGACUGUAAUGUGGCCUGGGCUGGGCAUUUCUGCUCAGGGGAGGUGACACUGCUUCUUCAGGCUCAAGACAGAGGGCAUUUGUAUGUUUUAAGGCUGCUUGUCUCCUUGCCCCUGCACAGAGGCAGUGGCCUCUAGGAAGGAUCCUGCCUCCUUCCCUGUAGUUCAGAGAGAACUCAGAAAUGUGCCAAACCAGAUGAUAGUUCCAUUCCAUAACAAUUUCUGGUGAGUGAACAGUGUCAUCCCAAGGGAAGGGGUUCUCCUAGCCCAUGUAAACAUAACCAGAGGUGGUAGAAUUUCCACUGAGAGUUCUGAGCCAAGUAAUGUCCCCUUCCUCUCCAACUGAUCAUCAAUGUAGUUAAGCUUGUGCCUGAGACACAAGUCCCAGGUGUCAGGAAACAGGGUCCAGGAAUGGUGCUUUAUGUGUUAUACUGCA